AUGGCUUUUUCCGCUAACGAACCAACUCCACCUCAAGCUGGGACCUCUUCAGCGAUGGAGGCUGUCAGCUCUCCAUCACCUAGCAUUGAUGCCUCACCUAACAGCACCAACAAUGAUUCCCAACCACGCACGCCUUUUGAGUUUUGGCAAAGUUUUUCACACCAUGCUCGUCAUGUUCAAGCUCGCAAAGAAGUCGUUUAUGAAGACAAAGCAGCAAAAGAUGCAGCUCAGCGCCUACGUCAAGAACGCAUCUUUAUUCGGUCCAUGGAAUCUGAUAGUGCAGUUUUCGAUAUCGCUCAAAGCUCUGGUAUCUCUACCUCUGAAUUUUUUGGAGCACUCACUCGUCAGCAUCCAAAGGCUCUAGGCUGGGUGCCUAGCAAAUUUCGGUCUUCUUGUGUUAUCGUUUCUUUUGAAGAUGCAAGCUCGCGGGAUUUAGCAUGUGCUGGUGUAACGGUUGGCAGUAGCAAUUUGAUCGGUACUCCGACUUUGCACAUGGAGAGUUCGGUUUAUGUUGUUCACCUUUCUGGCCUUCCACUUAUGAAGCGCGACGAUCUUGCAAUCGCUAUCCGUGACAACAUGUAUCGCUAUGGACACGUUUUGGAUGUAAAAGUGUGCACGGAUGAAUUUAAUUUGUUGACAGGCAAGGGAUCUGUUUUGCUGGACACAUCGCCGAAUGAUCGAGAAGAUCCAAUCUCAGCUUUGGAGCAUGAAAUUCAUAUGGAAACGCGGGGUCACAAGCGCAUCGUUUUAGCAAGAUGGCGAGGCAUGGCUAUUCACUGCAAUUAUUGCAAGAAGGAGGGUCAUAAGAUUGCCGAAUGCCAAAAAUUGCAAGCACGAAAGGAUCGUCAACUUCAACGUAAACUUUGCUACAUAUGCCAAUCACCUGAUCAUCUAAAGGCAGAGUGCCCUAGAAACCAACAAGCGGUCUCUACCGGUAAACGAGCCCGCACUGAAGAGUUUUUGGUUGAUCCUCAUGUUCCUCAGUCGGAAGGUGAAGUUUUAGCUACGAAGGCUAUCACUACCAAUGAUCCAGACCUUGAUGAAUCUUCGUCAGCUUCUCAGCAACAAUCGCGCCCGCAUUCAUAUGCCCUACGACCCAAAAAGAAGUCCGCUUCAUAUGUCGACACUCCGAUGGAUGGUAUCCUUUCUGACUCUGCCGACUCUGAUCAUGACACCGACAUGGAUAACUCCAACGACCGAUCUACCAAUGACAUCAAUCAUGACCACGAUAUGGAUGGGGAAGGUGAUGGUGGUGGUCCACGACCACCAUCUCCCACACACCACAUUGAUUCUGAUUCCUUGGGUGAUAUUACUCAGCGAAUACUUCAAGCUCAUUCAUCAACAUGGACACCUCAUUGUGGGGUGGUUUGCUUUAAUCCUCAUUUCUCAGUUGAAACCGUACAUUCUGCUUUUGAUGGGCGACUCCUCAUCGCACGUGUUUCUCAUCAUCAACAAUUAUGCGACGAUUUUCUACUUUACGUUCUUUAUGCACCAGCCACGCCAUCUCCACGUAUCACCUUUUUACAGCAAUUACAUCAUCAUCUCCAACAACACCAUACGCCUCAACAACGAUGUAUCCUUUUGGGUGAUUUCAAUUACAACAUUUAUCAUACAACUCGACUUACGAACAUGGCCGAUUGGUCUAACUGGCUCAUGACUUCAUGGCAUGAUCCUUUCUACUCUGAACCUUCGACACGUGAUGCACACACUUUCAUUAGAGGUGGCAAAUUGGAUUAUCUUUUAUGCUCUCCUGAUUUACAGCAUUCGAUUCAUUAUCCACGUCUCACCUAUGUUCCCCAUACGGAUCAUCAUGCUUUGGCUGUCCAAUUCACUACCGGUGUUCCAUCUCGUGGACCUGGGAUUUGGCGUUUCAAUCCCCAUCUUUUGCAACAGGAGCACGUACGUGACCAACUCAACCUGUGGCUCGAUGCUGCUAUGGCACAUUUACCACAAUCCUCAGCUCAAGACCGAUGGGAUCGUUUGAAAAUCCACCUGAAAGGGUAUUGUCAAAUAUUGUCACGCAAGGCUUCUUCACAUCGCCAUCGACGGCUGCGGUAUUUACAUCGCCAAUAUCGCUCUCUCAUCCGUUUGAAUCGCCAUCACCACAAUGAUGAAUCCUAUCAAGCCCGCCUCCAACAACUUCGCCACGACAUCGACACCAUCCAAAAUGAGGAAGCUGAUUAUCUUGCAUUACGUUCUGGUAUCAAAUGGAGGGAAUAUGGGGAACGAUCUAACAAAUAUUUUUAUGAAUGUCUCAAGGAUCGUCAAGUUGCCAAGUACAUCCCUGCUAUUGCUAAUGAGGAUGGAACCCUUGCCACAACACCGGAUGAUAUGGUUUCCAGAGCCCAUGAUUUUUACUGCAAGCUGUAUCAACGCGAGGCUAUUGAUACAUCCGCACUCAGCAAUAUUCUUCAAGCCAUUCCCGAGGAUUUGUCUAUAGCUGAGGAUGAUCAAGAACUCUUAGCGAUGCCAUGGUCUGACGAUGAGAUUCUCAACGGGAUCUCUCGUAGUCCAUAUCGUAGUAGUCCUGGUGUCGAUGGCUUUCCAUAUGAGUUGCUUCGGUUCCUAUAUGGCCAUCCACGUGUUAAACCACUCAUGCAGCAGGUUUUCAAUGAAGCUCUCACUUUGGCGCGUACACCAGUUUCUUGGCGUACUUCGGUGGUGACUCUUUUACCGAAACAAGGUGACAGCACGCUGCUCAAAAAUUGGCGGCCCAUUUCUCUCAUUUGUACGGAUGCAAAAGUGUUCACGCGGAUGUUGAAUACACGCAUGGGACCUUUGGUGGAUAAGCUGGUGAAUCGUUAUCAAUCUGGUUUCCUCCAUAAGCGCUUUAUUGGUGAUAAUGGUCUACUUGCAAGACUUGCUAUGUCUUUAGCUCAACGCUUUGAUCUUCCUGGUGCGGCCUUAUUAUUGGAUCAGGAAAAGGCUUAUGACCGCGUACAUCCUGAAUACCUCAAGGCGGUAUUACGGCGUUUUGGUUUUGGAUCUCUGGUAACAGAAAGCAUUAUUCAGUUGUUUUUCAACACACGUUUAUCUAUUAACGUCAAUGGUUACUUGUCCAAACCUCUUGAGCAACAGCGAGGCCUCCGCCAAGGUGAUCCUUUAUCCCCCCUCCUUUUUAAUUUAGCUUUAGAACCCCUACUCCGAUCUCUUCUCGCUUCCCCCUCUCUCCACGGUUUUUCUUUCUCCGUCCCCAAUGCCCCUACCCCCUCCUAUUAUAUCAGCUCACCACCACCAUCCCUUAAGACCCUUGCUUAUGCUGAUGAUGUCCUCAUCUUUAUCUCUCGUCCAGAGGAGCUGUCCCAUGUCAUGGCGAUCAUUGACCUUUACUGCAAGGCAUCCAAUGCACGUCUCAACCACCACAAGUCAUUGGCGGUGUCUCUUAAUGGCAAGGUUCCGGAACAAUGGCGACAAGUAUUUGCCUCACACCAUAUCACCCAAUGGCAUGAUCGACAUUGUACGACAGCAGCAACUUAUUUGGGAUUCCCACUCAAUAGCUCGCACAUGCAACUUAAGCAGUUUUUGGAGUCUCGGCUUAAGCAUAUGCAAGGUUUGGCAGAUCGGCUACAAUCUCGUCGUCUAUCCAUCCGUGGUAAAGCCUUGGUAGCGAAUUCUCUCCUUUUGAGCCGCAUGUGGUAUUGUUUACGCAUUCUUCCACUUACUCAACAUUUUCUGGAAUCUAUUCAAUCGACCAUCAUGCGUUUCCUUCAAGGUAAAUCAAUUCCACUUGUCGGCUUUACAACUUGUGCUCGUCCCAAAGCUGAGGGUGGUCUUGGUAUUAUUAACCCGAAACAUCAUAUAGCAGCUUUACAACUUCGUUGGUUGCU